GGCCUGUGUGCCCUGAUCUCCACUGAGACCCUGAGCACCCGCUGCUCACACUCCACACACUGUCUCACAUCCUCUGGUGCCAUGAACGACAUCUACAAAGCUGCGGUAGAACAGCUCACAGAUGAGCAGAAAAAUGAGUUCCGGGCCGCCUUCGACAUCUUUGUGCAGGACGCGGAGGAUGGCUGCAUCAGCACCAAGGAACUGGGCAAGGUGAUGCGCAUGUUGGGCCAGAACCCCACACCUGAGGAGCUACAGGAGAUGAUUGAUGAAGUGGAUGAGGAUGGUAGUGGAACGGUGGACUUUGAGGAGUUUUUGGUAAUGAUGGUGAGAUGCAUGAAAGAUGACAGCAAAGGAAAGUCUGAGGAGGAACUGGCGGAGCUCUUCCGCAUGUUUGAUAAGAAUGCAGACGGUUAUAUAGACCUCGAUGAGCUGAAGUUCAUGCUGGAAGCCACAGGGGAGACCAUCACUGAGGAUGACAUAGAUGAGCUGAUGAAGGACGGAGACAAGAACAAUGACGGAAAGAUUGAUUACGAUGAGUUCCUGGAGUUCAUGAAAGGUGUGGAAUAAAUGUCAAAGAUGAAAGAACUCUCCACCUUCCCACUUCUCCACUUCCCCUUAUACUCGUGAUUUUUAAAUUCAUUCAAGCAUUGCAGAAGAACUGUGAAUGUAUUUAUCUGAACUACGUCAAUGAUCUGCAUUAAUAAUGGAAUAUUUGCUAUUAAUGUUAAAUGUUUUUUAUAUUUAAAAAAAUCUGGAAAGUCUUCGAUUUGUGUACAUAUGGUUUGCUACUAGAGUCUUGACUGUCUGUGAAAAUCAUUUUAGCAUGUUUAAAAAACAAAACAAAACCAACAACAACUGCUAGAUCCUAAAAGUACAGAAAACAUUUGACCUUUCUUAAAGUUAGUAUCCAAGAUGGCCAAUUUUAAAAUGUAAAAACCCUCUUUAAUCCCCAAAAUUUGCCUUUAUUUCAGAUAGUCUUUUCUCAUAUAGGCUAAUUCCUCAUUGCUGCUUACAAGAGAAAAAAAUUAAAAGAACAAGACAGGAAGAAGA